AUGUCGAUCUAUCAUUAUCUAGCGGUUAUUGUAUGGGCACUCAACCUUGUUUUAAGCUCUGCGUAUCCAGACUCAGACCUCAUAUUCCAUACUUACAAUGCUGCGGGCCUGACAGAGGCCGAGACCCUGCGGUCACUGCGUCGGGCCCUAUCUGCGUCAGGAACAGAAGAAACAAAGAUUCUUUUCGACGAGACCCUCGGAAAAAGUUGGGACGGAGCGGUGCUACUUGCCAUCACUAUGGAGGCAGAAGACGACGUAUCGACCAAAGCCGGGAAUGGGUCCCUCGAAACCCAAUACGGUGUUCAGAUUAUUUGUUCCACCUGCUACAUCGCCGGUCGAGUUACCGGUCAACUCACCCGCAAUCUCGAUUUUAAUGUCACUGAACUCGAGGAGAGCGCCAUAGACUUGGUCAAGAACAUUACCGAGGAAGCCGAGCAGGCAUUGUCGGAUCUGGUAAACGGCAAUGCCAAUUACACAGACAUCGAUUUCAAUGUUGAGCUUCCCACCUUCCAAGAUUUUGACUAUCGUUUACAAUUCAAUUUUGACAACCUGGAUCUCUACAUGAAGCUUGACACUGUACUCUCGGUCGAAUCGACUUACACGAUCAAUUUAUACACAUCGGAGACCCCGGCGGGCCUCAGUCUGGGCGAUUCUCUCGAGAUUGGCGCGUUCUUUACUGUCGACCUCAUCCUGACUGCCGCCGCAGAAGUGGACAUCAGCGGCGGUGUGCACAUCAAGGUCGAUGGAGCUGGCAUUGAUUUGCAGAUGUUCAACAAGACUGUCGAAAGCAUAACACUUGACGGUGGAAUGUUUGAAUUCCUCCCCGUGAACGUCGAGGGCGCUGGCUUUGUGCUCACAGGAGCUCUACGAGUUGGUCUUCAUGCCGGCAUCACCUUCGGUGUCGACACAUCCGUCACAAUAGCGAACCACACGCUCGGUGCCUCAGCCGGCUUGGAAGCAGGAGUCUUUGCCAACAUUGCCGAGUUCGUGGCCAACGUCACGUAUGACAGCAGUAAUGAUGACUGCGAGCUGGCACUCGUCGAGUCGUUCACCAUGGCACUCGGUGCGGCCGCUGGCGCAUCGGCAGCGUUUGACCAGACUACAUGGGGACCAACGCCCGAGACACAAGUUCCUAUCUGGUAUACCGAACUCGGCUCUGCCUGUGCGGCUGGGCGGAGCAGCUCGACAAGUGGAACAUCUGCACUCGUCACAGCGAGGGCCGUGACAAGCGACCUGUCUCUCACAGUCGCGACAAUCACGACCGAGACGACGUCGUUUGGAGUAGCUUGCAAAUCGCCCGGCUUGAUCAACUGCCCCGUCUCUCUUCAGACAACAAAGACAUUCACGGCGACCCUGACGUCGACCACCUCGGUGCCGUCUGGUUCGGAGGCAACCUGGCCUGCAACGACUCAGACGCCCAUUAAGACCGUCGCCUUCGGCUCCAAUGCCAAAGCCCUAGCUGCAACGACAGGUCGUCCCGUCUCCUUUGUGCCGCCGCCGCCGCCGCCGCCGCCAUCUUCUUCAACAUCAUCAAGCGCCUCCAGCGCCACUGCUGCAGGAGGCCACGGCGGCCAUGAAGACCACAAGCCGCUCAUCAUCGGCCUGUCCGUCGGCCUCGGCGUUCCCAUCCUAGCGAUCAUCGCGGGCGCAGCGGUUUACUUCCUCGCGCGCCGGAAGAGGUACACGCCGGUAAUGCAAAAGACCGAGACUGAGAGUCCGAGCCCCGUCGCUGAGGAAGGACCACCAGCCUCGGAGCAUGAACGCCAGGGCAUGCUGAAGAGCACGACCACCGUUGAAGCUGAUGAGAAUAGUUGA